AUGCUUCUUCUCCGCACCACCAUUGCCGCCGCCGCCGUACUAUUCCGUUCUUCCACUCUCCACUUCUCCACCGCCGCCGCCACCACGACCACUAAAAAACUCUUCUCCAAGAUCCCUUGGAAGCACAGAUCCAAAGCCAUUCACGAAUCGCAGGAGGCCCUCACGGACUACCUCCACACCACUCGCUCCCUGCCUUUCUUCUACGCCGACAAAAUCGCCAGAAACUCCCCGCGGUCCCUCUGCAACAUCCUCUCCGAAAUCUCCUUCUCUUCGCCGACGUUCGCGUCCUCCUUCCAGCGAUAUCUCAGGUACCACCCGAUUAACGAACUCGAUUUUUUCUUCGAGAGCAUCGGCUUAAAUUGCUGUGAAAAUGAAAGCGCGCGUCCUGUUUCGCCCCCAAACACGCCUUUUCUCUCCGAUUGCAGGCACUAUGACACCGCCUGUGCUCUGGCGAGUAUGGGUUUCCCGUGGAGCAAAUUGGGGUUGCUGUGUGCGGACGGGUUUUCCAUAUUCGAAUCUAACCCGUUGGAUUUGAAAAGACGAAUUGGUGAGAUUAAAGAUGUUUAUGGGUUUAACACUGUUACCGUAAUCAGCAUUUGCUUGGCUUUUCCUAGGGUUUUGUACAAUAAUAGUGAAAACAUGGGUGGGCUGUUGAGUGAGUUGAAGGUACUGUUUUUGGACUAUGAUUUGUGGGGCUGUGUGGAGGGUGGUAAUGUGGAUUCCGUGUUUGCUGUUGUCUCGGUUUCGGGAUUCUUGAAGCAAUUGGGGUUGAGUGAGGAAGAACUUGAAUCCCUUAAGCAGAAAUAUCCUCACGUUUUCGGAAGAAAUCGAUUGGCUAAUUUGCCUAACGCAAUGAGGUCGAUGAAUCUUGCGAAGUGGUUUUUCGAGAGACUGAAAAACGGAAACCACUAUUUAUUAGCUAAUUAUACCAUUUGUUCCUCGGAGGAUGUGGAUAGGCAAUAUGAAGAAGAUCUAAGGAAGAUUCAAGCUAAGAGAACACACAUUCACACGAUUAAAAAGCUCAAUUUUUUGCACGGCAUUGGUUUUGGAGAGAAUAAGUACGCAGCUAAAGCUUUGGUUUCACUAUACAGCGGUAGUGACCAGCUGCAAAGCCGAUUUGAUUGCCUCAUUAAUUGUGGGGUUGAGUACUCGAGACUUUGCACGAUGAUAAGGUGGAAGCCAAAAAUCCUUAAUCAACAGGAAAACAAGCUUGUGAAAAAGAUCGAGUAUUUGUGCAAUGACUUGGGCUCCUCCCUUGAGUAUCUAGAUAUUUUCCCUGCGUACUUGUGUUUCGAUCUGGAAAAACGGAUUAAACCGAGGUAUAAGUUUCAAAAGUGGCUUACAGAGAGGGGCUUGUGCAAAAGGGAAUACGCCCCAGCGACUAUAAUAGCUUGUAGCCAGAAAGCGUAUGUUGCCUUACUUUCGCGCAUCAGUCCUGAUGUGGUGAGGAUUUGGGAAGAGGGCCGAGAGGAUUGGGCUUCGGGCUGA